AUGGUUCAAGGGACUGCUUUGGCUGGAUAUGACACAGCUUAUUCAUGUCACCACUUCAACAUCCUCGGGUCAUUCUCUGAUAACACAUUUCCAAGCCUGACACGUUUAAGCCUCGGAAGUAACGUCAAUGUAUCUGGUCGCUGGGCUUUCCGUGUAGAUAAUGGUUCAAGGGACUGCAAUGUACCCCUCUACCCAAUUGGAGGAACAACAACCCCUCGAGAACUUGAUGGAAGCUCCCCACAAAUUUACCUCAAUCAAACCUUUAACUAUUUUGGCAAAUCUUACUCUCAGAUUUAUGUGAACAACAAUGGACAUCUGACCUUUGAAGCACCAUGGUAUAGUUAUAUACCAUUACAGUUUCCAAUGGAUGAAAGCAGAGACAUUAUUGCUCCUUAUUGGACUGAUAUAGACAAUCGUGAAAGCGGUAACAUCUAUUAUGUUCAGUAUACCAGUGGCUCUAUUCUCCAACAAGUUACCCAGGACAUCAACCUAUACUUCCCAGAACUUAACUUUCAUGCCAGCUGGAUCUUUAUUGCAACAUGGCAUAAAGUUCCCUAUUUUUUUGUGGCUCAAACAGAAUCAACCUUUCAGGCAGUCUUGGCUUCAAAUGGGAAUUACUCAUUUGUGAUACUGAAUUAUGGGCCCCUAGCAUCCAGCCCGGUCCCUAUAGAGGCUGGAUAUGAUACAUCCUAUUCUUGUCAUCACUUAUCCAUCCUUGGAUCAUUCUCUAAUAACACAAUCCCAAAGAGCUUAUUUUUAACCCUCAGUAGUAACAUUAAUGUACCUGGCCGCUGGGCUUUCCGUGUGUCUAAUGGUUCAAGGGGCUGCUCUUUCAAUGGUAAGAAGAAAGCAUCUUAA